AAGAAAAAUAAUAAACAGAAUUCCGUCGUCGCGAAGUACGGGUAUUAAACAGUGACUUACUAGCUACAACAUUUAAAUACGUUGUGGCUAUAUGUGAUGUUGGAAUGCAAGUAGAUAUCACAUAAUAUAGAAGUAUUACAUUUUACGGUAAAAUAUCUUAUGACUUUAUCAGACAUCGCAAAGAAAUGGCGGCUACAGCACCAAUUUAUUUGAAUGAGGAAAAGGUGGUUGACCUUUUAGAAGGGCAAUGGUUAGCUUUGAUCAAUGCAAUGCACAGAUCUUUUUUGGCAGUUGCUGCAAAAAAUGCCGUACAACCACCUAGAACUUCUACAACUGUCAACGAUACAGGAGUCCUGAUGUCAAUGCCUGGUUACGUUGACCUCAAGACCUUAGAUGGGGAAGACGGAGAGAACGUGUUGACUUGCAAACUGGUAACCCAGUUUCCCGAAAAUUCUCAAAGAAAUCCACCGAUGCCGGCUAUUCUGGCAACGAUUCUUAUGUUCGAUUCUGCGACCGGAAAAUUAAAUUACAUCAUCGACGCUACGGAAAUAACGGCGAGAAGAACUGCGGCUGCCUCUGUGGCUGCCACGAAUAUUCUUUAUAAAAACCGGCAUUCGAAAACUACCGAGGAUCCUUUUAUCCUAUGCAUAUUAGGCGCUGGAGUUCAGGGGAAAAAUCACGCGAUAGCUUUCAACGCCGCGUAUCCGAACAUAUCAGAGAUCAGAAUAUGGAACCGCGGGCGAUCAAAAGCUGAGCGUUUGGUCGAUGAAUUGAAAUCUCUCGGCAUCCAUCAGGCGGUUUUGGCUUCUACGGAACGACAAUGUGCUGAAGGAGCCGAUGUUUUGGUUACAGCCACGCGUGCUUCUCAGCCAAUUCUUCGCGGUGGCUGGGUCAAGAAAGGCGCCCACAUAAACGCGGUUGGUGCCGGCGAGACUCAUUAUUCAGAGUUGGAUUUACCGCUCUACCGAAGGGCGAAGAUUUAUCUGGCCGACGAGGAUACUGGACGAAGUGAAUUACAGGGUUUGGAGAGUUUGGGUAUCCCAUUGAUCGGCACAGUCGGUGACAUCGUUCUAAAACCACAUCUCAUGCCCAACCAAGAGGAAGUAACCGUCUUCCAGUCUUGUGGUAUGGCUGCCGAAGACGCCUUGGCUGCUCAACUGGUUUACAAACGUCAUUUGCAAGCUCAGAAAAUCAAUAAUUGAACAUCAUCUCACUGAUUUAUGAAUUCAUUUUUAUCAAUUUUUGCAGAGCUAAUGCUAUGAAACAAUGCUAAUCGUACUGUAUACAAUUUUUUUUAUGGGGGAAAAAAUAAAAUCAGAUAUUUUAUUCUA